AUGGACCAGCACUCUUGCUCCUGCUCUCUCACCUCUCUCCUGACCCUCUCUCUUUCCCCUCAUCUCCACCCCAAUCCUUGCCUCCUGCAUUCCGCUGUUGCUCUGCCCGCAGUCGUCACGUUGCUCCCUCCUUUCCCACUCGCCCGUCAGCCCAACUACUCCUCGUUGGACGCCAGUUAUUCCGGUGACCCUGAGUCGUGA